AGCUUGGCUCAAGCAGUUUUGCUUAGCCACCAGCCUUCACCAUGUGUCUGCGAAUCCUUUGUCUCUUGCCGCUGGGAGCUGCUCUACGCGCCCAUCACCAACAGGCGCUGGACGCUGAAGUCGGAGUCGCCCAGUCGGAGUCCACGGCCGCGUACUUCGCUGCACAGUUCGCUGGACUUGCGGACAGGGCCCACGCCAGUCUGUGGGAUGCGCUUGGCUCUGCCACUGUGGAGUAUCAAGGGGUCACCACCUGGAACGACCCGCCGGCAGAGCUCACGGUCACUGCCAACGGCGUGACGCUGCCCCCGAGCGGCGGCGAGCGCCCGGGAGCGGUGAACACCAACCGGCUGCUGGUCACCGUUCGCGGCCUGGCGCCGGAGGUCCGGGUGGAGUCCCUGACGUUGCGCAAGGAGGCCACUGAACUCCCCGCAGGGGAGAUGGAGGUCUUGAGGGAUGGAGCCCUUGUGGCCUUCCACGACCUGCCGCCCGAGUCUGCACUGACGCUGGAUCUCGGCCUCAACAGUUCGACCACGAUGUCUUGGGGCAUCCGCACAGCUGACGCCACAUCUGGCGAUGUGCAAGCGCGCAUCAUGUUCCUCCCGGAGAACUUCAGCAGCUCUAAUGUGACUGAGAGAGACUUCCUUCGUCAAGAGAAGGGAAAGAAGUUCAUAGCGAAGGAGCUCACCAUCUUCGACAUGAAUUUCGCCUCUCUGCAGCCGGAGCUGGCUGUAAACGGCUUUGAGGUGGAUUCCACCGGGAGCCUGGCUGGCCCCGUGGAGGAGGUGAUGAAGGGCAUGGACGGGUCGGAGGACUUCAAUGUCUCAAUCGUUGUGACGAAAAACAAGGACUGCUUUCUCCACACGGCGGAUGACUUGUCGACUCUGCGUUCGUGCGUGGAUGAGAAGAACAGCACAGUUUUGUCUACGUAUCAGUGCUUCAGUUUCAUUGCAAAGACCAACUUGACGUUGGAUCUGGUCAAAGGCGAUCAGAUUGGAGGAUUGGAGUCAGGCUGUCAAGUCAACAUUACCAGCAAUCCCAUACAGGCUUAUUCGAAGGAAUGCGACGGCGUCCAGGCAACGUUGCGUGAGGAGAGGGCCGUCAUGCCAGCCAAAGUGUUUGCGUUUUCGAAGACCCACAGAAGCAUAAAUGUGUCGCGCGCGCAGACCAUGUAUGUCGGGACCUACUUGGCCACUCAGCAGGAAGAUCAGCGGAAGAAGGUUCUGCAGAGCUACUCGGGAGAAGUGAAGAACCAAUCUUCCACCGUGUCCGUGCAGAUUGGCGGCGAAAACGAGGAGAUUCAAAAGGUCAUUGCAGAUUCCAUCGUCGCAUCCGGGAGAAUGAUUGAAGAGAUGGAGGCUUCUGGCCAGAGAUGGUGGAAGGAGAAGACCGGCAGAGAUACAAAGGGCGCCUGCUUCUCGGUGAAUUUCCGUCACACCAAGAAGGGCAUGCAGGGCUUGCCCAUCGCCCACGUGGAUGCCACGAGUGUCACAGAGUGGUUCAAGCCGGGCGGCGCCUUUCCAGCAGAAGGACUUGCCAGCUUCGAGGAGAAGUUGGGCAUGAACAUCUCCGAAGCGUUGAAACAUGUGGUGGUCACCUUCAACGAGUGGAUCAACGCAGCUGGGGAGCCCAUGGAGGAGCUUCCGCUCACGGUCCUGGAUACCACCAGCUUCGAGGAAUCCGUGCUGAACACGGCCUGGUUUCAGGGUGGCCUGGACUCGAUGUCGCUGCCCUACUCCGAGAAGAUGCGGUGGUACUACAAGCCUCUGCAGCGGGGCGAGGGCUACAGGUUCAUCACCAGCCCGCAUGAAGGGCCCGGUGGUACCAGAUAUGUGGGCAGUCCACAUUCGGCGUUCCAAAUCAUGCACAAUCCGAGCACCAACGUCACCCACAAGGCCCGCCAGAGCUUUGAGUUCCGGUGCUUGCUGAUCGACCCUUCUUGGAGCCACGAGGCGGAGGCGGUAGAGCUGCCCGCCAGGCCGUCGGAGCAGGAACUGGUGCACAAAGCGACCGAGAGCAUGAUCGCGGCACUGAUUGCGGACCCCCGAGAUUUCCAAGAGAGUUUGGUUGACAAUGAGGAUUUUGAGGAGGAAACUCCAAGCUGAGGCGCGGUGUGAAUUUGCACUCGAUGAAUCUUCUAAUUCACUUAUGUAUUGACCGAUGGUCAGGUUUAUAAGCCUUGUUUGUGCUGGAUUGCAGCGCUGGAGACAAAGAAGAACGGCAAAGACAAUUGAUCAUGUGCACGUACG